CAAUUUGCGGCUUCUGUUCCUCUGCCUCGACCUCAACCAAGGGACAACCCAACUUCUUCCUUUUCGCUCUUUUUCUGUAACUCGUUUUAACUUUGCGCCAGGAUCGCGCCCCGAUCGCUCAACUGCAGUUGAGGGGGAGGUUUGGGACGAGUCAGCCAUUUCUUAAGAGAGAACAGAUUCGGCCAAACUUUUUUUUUAUGCAGUGCCUGCUACACUUCAGAAGCUCUACCGUUUCCAUAAACACGUUAUUCCAGUCCGCUAUGCAUGCGUCCGGGACAGAUUCGCCCCGCCCUGUAAAUGCCUGAUGGCCACGUGUGCAACCUUGAAAGAAUUCAUUAGGAUCUCAAAGCAACAAACGUUAAUGAUUAUAUCAAAGCUUGGAGGAUUUCUCAUAUUCUGAUCCGUGUGCAUGCGUUCAUGUGAAUGUGGAGUCUAUUCCUAGCCUGCAGAUCGAAUUUUGGUUCUGGGAAGCUACAAACGUAUGUCGUAGCACUUGUGACAAGACACACUUUACAUUAGACUUUCCCUCCAUUUUUUCAUUGAUUUUUAAGGUAUUUAGAAGAUAGUUAUUCGUCUUCGAAAGUGAUCAAAUUCUGGAAGGGGCCCUGGGCAUCCUCUAGUCUAGAACAUCUUUCACGCUAGUGAGUUUCGAAUUGUGCUUUAGUGGUGACUCAUCCUAAGUUGAACUUAAUAAAAGAUUUGUCACAGCGAUGUGAAAUGUUGAUUAUUAAAUGGUCUCUUGAUAUAUUGUCAUUUUACUAAUGUUAUUUUUGUUUAUGGAACAUUUUAUUUUGGUCUUAAAGGAAUAAACGUACUGAAUUUACUGUUUUGAAAACUGCUCUUAUACCUUAAAAUGCAUGGCCUUCUUUAGGUUUGUAUUUCAACAAUCGGAAAAGUUUGCAAAGGUGGAAAACGAAUACCAAUUACUGAAAAAAGAAAACAACGAAUUCCAAGGGCUUCAAAGUAAAAUCAGUUUAAUUUCAGAAAAGCUUGAGUCUACUGAAAGUAUCCUGCAAGAAGCUACAUCAUCCAUGUCUUUGGUGACCCAGGUUGAGCAGGAAGUAUCCAGCCUCCAGCAUAUCAUGCAUGACAUUCAAAUUAGUGAAGAGAUGCUCUCUCAAAAGAUGCAAAGCCUUAAUGAGAAAUUCCAAAAUGUCACAAAUUUCUGGGAGAGAAGCCUGGAAGAAAUGAAUGCUGAUACAGACACUUUCAAAUCAGAAUCAAAGCAUAUGCAUUCGCAAGUGACUGUCCAAAUUAACUCAGCUGAACAAGGAAUAAAGUUGCUCACGGAAAGGCUAAAAGAUCUGGAAGACAGCACACUCAGAAAUAUCAGAACAGUGAAAAGACAAGAAGAAGAGGAUCUUCUGCGAGUCGAGGAGCAGCUGGGCUCUGAUGCAAAAGCAGUGGAAAAGCUGGAAGAGGAACAGCAUGCUCUCUUGGCCAGAGAUGAAGACCUGACUAAUAAGCUUUCCAACUACGAACCCAAAGUUGAGGAAUGCAAGACACAUUUGCCAACCAUUGAAAGUGCAAUUCGCUCUGUUCUCAGAGUCUCUCAGGAUCUGAUAGGGACAGAAAAGAAAAUGGAAGAUUUAACUCUUCAGAUGUUCAAUAUGGAAGAUGAUAUGCUGAAAGCAGUAUCUGAAAUCAUGGAGAUGCAGAAAACUCUUGAAGGACUUCAGUACGACAACAGCAUAUUAAAGAUGCAAAAUGAACUGGACGUUCUGAAAGGAAAAGUUCGUGACUUUAUAGUAUAUUCAAGUGCAGGGGAAAAGGGAACUUUAAAAGAACGUAAUCUAGAAAAUAAAGGAAUUGAUAGUGACCUUUAAACGCACUACAUUUAUUCUGAUGAACCAUAUUAUUGUACAUCAAUUUAUUAGUUCC